GAAGUGACGAGCAUCGUCGAAGUGUUGUGUGAAAGUGUACGUCGACCUGGUAGGAAGUGUAGGUUCCGAGUCCGAUUCAAUCGGUUGCUCCCUUUUAUUCAGUGGCCAAGCGGUACAGAAUUCAUAGUAUUCGUUCCGUGACAAGAAAAGUGCGAUCGACGCGAACAUGUGGAUCCGUACGAUAUUCUGCGUGAUCAUUGUGUUCGCAGCAACGUGUGCCGUUAAUUGCGAGAAAUUACGUCCGCCAAUCCCCGUUGAAGAAGUUGACUUAAAUGCAACACAGUAUAAUAUAGCAGCUACGGAUGAUAAAAAUUUCUGGGAAUGGCUGGCCAGUUUAAUAUCCGCUGGUGGAUCCAUAACAGUACCCGUGACAACAACUGAACUUCCGAGACCAGCGAUUGAAUCGUGUUUACCUUGCAAAUGUGGUUUAACGAACACACAGAAACGGAUCGUAGGUGGUGUUGAGACCCAAGUUAAUCAAUAUCCAUGGAUGGCAUUAAUGAUGUUCAGAGGACGAUUCUAUUGCGGUGGAUCUGUUAUAAGUUCUCGUUAUGUAUUAACUGCUGCUCAUUGUGUCGACAGGUUCGAUCCGAAACUCAUAUUAGUUCGGAUAUUAGAGCACGAUCGCAAUUCUACCACAGAGACAGAGAUUCAAGAAUUCAAAGUCGAGAAAGUGAUCAAGCAUAGCGGUUAUUCGACGUACAACUAUAACAAUGACAUCGCGCUCGUCAAAUUGAAGGACGCCAUUCGAUUCGAAGGAAAGAUGAGGCCUGUUUGCCUUCCAGAACGAGCUAAAACUUUUGCUGGAUUAAAUGGGACAGUAACUGGUUGGGGCGCAUUAGAAGAGGCAGGCUCGAUAUCGCAAACUCUGCAGGAAGUGACGGUUCCGAUUCUCACGAACAACGAGUGUCGCGCAACUAAAUAUCCGGCGCGGAAGAUCACAGACAAUAUGCUGUGCGCUGGUUAUCAAGAGGGAAGCAAGGAUUCGUGUCAGGGAGACAGUGGUGGCCCCUUACAUGUUUUUAAUGACAACAGUUAUCAAGUAGUUGGAGUGGUAUCCUGGGGCGAAGGAUGCGCGAAGCCUGGCUAUCCCGGCGUUUACAGCAGGGUAAAUCGUUACCUCUCAUGGAUAAUGAGUAACACCGAGGACGGGUGUUAUUGUUAAUUUAAACGAUGAAUAAUAAUCGAAAGGUCACGAUACGUGUACAAGAAUCUUGACUCAUGUUACGAUUAUUUUUAAAUUCAUCGUCCUGGCUGACUGAAAACUUAAUACUCGCACAAUCCUACGAGUGUAUUUUUCAAAAGACUAGAAUUCGUCCUCGUGGAAUAUUUCUUCCAGGAAUUUAGGAUUUUAGCGGAUUUUUAUAGUCGACCAUGAAACAAUAUGACUACAAGCUCAGCAUAUUUAAUCUUGGUGGUCUUUCAUUCAGUACUAAAUUUAUUUAUCAACUAUACAUAUAUAGAUUAACCCUCUAUAAUGU